AUAACCACUCCCAGGUAUCCAGAGCCUCCCUGCGCAUCCGCAUCCUGGACGUGAACGACAACCCUCCUGAGCUGGCCACCCCCUACGAGGCUGCCGUGUGCGAGGACGCCAAACCGGGCCAGACCAUCAGUGUUGUGGACCGGGACGAGCCCCACAGCGGCCACCGCUUCUACUUUGCCCUGGCGCCCGAGGCCACCCACAGCCACCGCUUCUCCCUGUUGGACGUCCAGGACAACACGGCCGCGGUGCACACGCAGAGGGUGGGCUUCAACCGCCAGGAGCAGGACGUGUACUUGCUGCCCAUCCUCGUGGUGGACAGCGGCCCCCCGGCCCUCAGCAGCACGGGGACACUGACCAUCCGCGUGUGCGGCUGCGACAGCAGCGGGGCCAUCCAGUCCUGCAACAGCACGGCCUACGUCAUGUCUGCCACGCUGAGCCCUGGCGCGCUCAUUGCUCUGCUGGUCUGCAUCCUCAUCCUCAUCGUGCUGGUCCUGCUCAUCCUCACGCUGAAGCGGCACCACAAAAGCCACCUGGCGUCCGAGGACGACGAGGACAUGAGGGACAACGUCAUCAAGUACAACGACGAGGGGGGCGGCGAGCAGGACACGGAGGCCUACGACAUGUCGGCGCUGCGCAGCCUCAGGGCGGACGGCGACGCCUCGGUGCCGCCCUACGACUCCUUCCAGACGUACGCCUUCGAGGGCUCGGGCUCGCCCGUGCCCUCGCUCAGCUCGCUCGGCACGCGCUCCAGCGGCUCCGAGCAGGACUUCUCCUACCUGGGGGCCUGGGGGCCGCGCUUCCGCCAGCUGGCCGCGCUCUACGCCGGCCGCAGGGCCGACGAGGAGCCCGAGGACUCCUAG